UACAACAACUGUAUCACAUACUGCUAAAAGACUGACAAACUCAUUUUAAUAAUAAGAAACAUCAGCAUGUACUCAACUAAAAGCGAGGGACCGCGCAGAGGAAGAUCUUUUGACUCCAUGAACCUUGGUCUGACAUUGGAAGAGAAGCAACUUAACAAUGAGAUGAACAAAUCUGCUUUUCCAAAGAUCGAGGAGAAUAAAGACAACAAAAUCGCGUCUACAGAGAGGGGCCGGGCUGCUCUUGUGUUCUCUUUGAAGAAUGAAGUCGGUGGGCUUGUCAAGGCACUAAAACUUUUCCAGGAAAACCACGUCAACCUCGUGCACAUCGAGUCCAGAAAAUCCAAAAGGCGCAACUCAGAGUUCGAGAUCUUCGUAGACUGCGACAGCAACCACGAGCAACUGCACGAGAUCAUUCAGCUGCUGAGGAAACACGUGAACGUGCUCGAGAUGGACGCACCUGACAACCGUCUGCCUGAAGAAAGCGAGAUGGAGAACAUGCCCUGGUUCCCGAAGAAGAUUUCAGAUCUGGAUAAAUGUGCGAACCGUGUGCUGAUGUAUGGAUCGGACUUGGAUGCGGAUCAUCCAGGAUUCAAGGACAACGUCUAUCGCAAAAGGAGAAAGUAUUUUGCAGACUUGGCUAUGAGCUACAAACAUGGAGAUCCCAUUCCCUGUAUAGAGUUUACAGAGGAGGAGGUGAAAACAUGGGGAGUGGUGUUCAGGGAGCUGAAUAAACUCUACCCCUCACACGCCUGCCGCGAGUACUUGAAGAACCUGCCCUUGCUCAUCAAACACUGUGACAUCCGCGAGGACAACAUCCCACAGCUGGAAGACGUCUCGCGCUUCCUCAAAGGUGAGAGAAAGGGACGUCAGUUCAUCAAAUGUCGGUUUGUUCAGGAUUUAUAG